UCUCACUCAUCUCAUCCACCUUGACUCACUACCAAGGCUUUUCUGAAAUCCCUUUUUUCACUUGACCCCCACUCAAAAAGAAAGCUUGAAAAUAAGCCAAAGAUGCAGAUCAUUUCUCCUUCCUUGGCUGUCUGUGUUGCAGUUGUUGUUCUUUUUGUGGAAACCCUGGCACAAGGCUCUGGUAGAAACUUAUCAAAGCGCACACAUAAUCUUGAAUCAACUCCAUUAAUCUCAACCAAGCUAAGAAGCACAUCAGAGAUAUUCAAAGAUGAGAGUGGGGGUCACAGAGCAUCUGAAUUUGGCACACCAAGGCCCACCUCCAACCAGCUAGCCCAUACCAUGCCCCCCAAUCAAGGUUCUUGGAGCAAUUUAGAUGGAAAUGAGCACUCAAAAACUUAUGUUGAUCUUCAAGGAAAUUUAUACCCUGAAGUAAAAAAGUUUUUGAGAGAUGUUAAAAAUGAAGUGGGUAGUGUGCAUCAAUCAAAAGAAGACUAUGACAUGUAA